GUCAGUGAUAUAGACCUCAUAGAGAUUCACCCAAAGUCCACUUCGGGUUCAAAACAGCUCAUGGAAAGCUUUCUCCCAGCCACUGGCUACCGGGGCCGGUACUACGACCUCUCCUAUGUUAACGGGAGCCACCGGGAGACAGGUACAAGCGAGGGGGAACAAACCGGACACGGAUAUCACCUGCAUGAGAUGGCCACAGGGAGCACAUCUGCCCUCACCUACAGCCCAGGCUCUUUCUCACACACACACACCUCUCAGACACACACCUCAGACACACACACCGGGCGGUCGAAGCGGAGGCGUGUGAUCAACGUGGGCCAGCGUCAGGCGGCGAACGUCCGGGAGAGGAAGAGGAUGUUCAGUCUGAACGAGGCAUUUGACGAGCUGCGGAGGAAAGUGCCGACCUUUGCCUACGAGAAGAGGCUGUCACGCAUUGAGACACUCCGCCUCGCCAUCGUUUACAUCUCCUUCAUGACAGACCUGUUAGAGAACACCUGACCUGAUCAGGAUCACAUAGAUCCAUCAGGGUUAUCAGAGCCAGGUCGAUUAAUCAGACUGGUUAGUUUGAUUGAUACUUCACCUCGCCAUUGUCUACAUCUCCUUCAUGACGGACCUGUCAGAGAACACCUGACCUGAUCUAUCAGUGUGAUCAGAACCAGAUUGAUUGAUUAAUUGGUUAAUUGAUCAGAUAUUCAGUUAAUGGCGGACCUAUACUGGUAAACAGCUGAUCAGGAUCUAUCUGAGUGAUCAGAUAUCAGAUUGAUUAUACUGAUUAUAUCAUAUGUAUUUAUGGAAUAUCAAGUUUUAGAAUCGGGCUAUGGUUGUUAACAUAUAUACAUUUAAUAUCAAGUAGCUAUUUAUACUGUUUUUAUAGUGUUGUAGAAAUGUGUUAUUAACAUUAUUCUGAAAAUAAUAAUAAUCCUACAAACACUUGGGCUCAGCUUAGUUUUUAUUCAUCUCAAGUGAAAUGAUAUGUGCCUGAGCAAGAAAAACAACACUUGU